CCCUUCCACCUCUAUGUAGACGAAAAGAAGGGCACAGCCGUGGGCGUCCUGACCCAGAGAGUGGGUUCGUGGAAUCGGCCUGUAGCAUACCUAAGCAAGAAUACUGAUCCUGUGAGCAGAGGUUGGCCAGGAUGUCUCCGAUGUAUCGCCGCCGCAUGCCUGCUCUUAACUGAAGCCAUUAAACUUACCUAUGGGCAGCACAUAGAAAUCACUGCCUCACACUCCAUGAAAGCUCUGCUAGAAACCCACGGACCAAAGUGGAUGACCAACUCCCGACUUGUCAAAUACCGAGCACUGCUGUGUGAGAACCCUAACGUGCAAGUGAAUGACUGCGUAGCCCUGAACCCUGCGACUCUGAUGCGCUUGCCUGAGCCAGUUAUACAUGAUUGCCAAGAAAUAAUGGACACCGUCCAUUCUAGCAGACCCGACCUAAAAGACAGUCCUGUGCCUGGCAGCAUCGUCCUUUUCACUGAUGGAAGCAGUUUUGUCCAGCAUGGUGUCAAAAAGGCGGGUUUCGCCGUAGUGACAGAAGAUGAUGUCCUAAUUGCUGAAGCUCUUCCACCUGGCACAUCCGCUCAGAAAGCUGAACUCUUAGCUUUAAUCGCUGCACUAGAAUGGGGAAGAGAAAAGAAGAUCACGGUCUAUGCAGAGUUACAAAGAAAGCCUGUUAGGGAAGACGUGGGACGGGCCAUACACCAUUAUACUGACUACGCCUACUGCUUUAAAGGUCCAAGGGAAUUCCAGUUGGAUUCAUUGGAGCCGAGCCAAAUUAGCCGCACCCGAGAGAUGGCAGGCCACGAAAGGUGCGGGCCUAAAGCUCACCCUGAGGAAACAGCCCUCACCGCUGGACGCGACGGGAGAAGACUCCUCGGGACCGGCAACCGAGGGAGCGAAAUAACUGGGGGCGCUGCAUCCCCUCUCAACCUGGAAAGAAGAGGUGGACACCGCCCGAAGCAUGUUUUGCCUAUUUUGCUCUUCCUGCUGACCCUGAGCAUAUCAUCCCAGAAGUCAAAACUUGAU